AUGUCUGGCUUUUUGACUGAUGCUGACCUAGAACAUAUGAUGAAUUUACCCGAUAAUGAGUUCAAUGCAUCCAUUGAUGUCCCUGAUGGGGAUAUAUCAGAUGUUGGCGACGAAGAUAAAGAUGAAACUGUCGAAACUGAUGAAAGUUCUCAAGCUAUUUCCGAAGCAGCUGUCAUUAAUUUCAUUCAGAUGGUGGAAAAGGAUGGAGCUGAAAUUUCGGCAAUUAGAGAGCAGCAAGAGACAGAAUAUGAAUUUCCAAAGACUGAUGCAGUCAGGAGUGGUAAAGUUAUUGAUUCUGAACCAAAAUCAGAUGAAAGCGACAACAAUACAAAUGAAGGAGUUUACUGUCUGCCAUCGGGUUCCCCUAAAUGGCAGGCAGCACCGCAUAACAGCCACGCUAUGAGGGAAACAAACCAACAGCCAAACAGGCGAAGACAUCAGAAGAAGUUACGUUCAAUAAACUGUUGGAGAAUACAACAAGGAGCACCAUCUACAUGUGAGCAGCGGCAGCAGCAGCAACUAAAACAUAGAUGUAAGUGUGGUGAUUAUAAAUUUAGAAAAACUGAUUUUGUGGUACAAGACACAGAAUGGAAAGGAUCACUUCCACCACCACCAGUAGAGGAAAUGACACCUUUGCAAUGUUAUAAAAUAUUUAUGAAUGACGACGUAUUUGAACUUAUUGCUGAGCAGUCCAAUAUCUAUGCUUUGCAGAAAGAUUCAGUUUCUUUGCAGACGAGCAAAAAUGAAAUGGAGCAGUUUCUACUGUGGUAUUUUCAUGUUGUCAGUAAUCAAGACUUGCCUGAAGCUAAUAGUAAUCGUAACAAACUCUUCAAGAUUCGCCCACUUUUAUCUGCAUUGCAGUCAUCAUUGAAGACACUCCCUCCAGAAGAAUACCAAGCUGUUGAUGAACAGAUAAUACCAUUCAAGGGUAGAAGCGGUUUGAAAGAGUACGUAAGAAAUAAGCCUCACAAGUGGGGCUACAAAUCUUUUACGAGAGCUGGUGCUUUAGGCAUGAUGUAUGAUUUUGAAAUUUAUGUUGGCAAAAAUACCUGCAGUGAUAGAGGAUUAGGUUUGUCUGGAGAUAUUGUUUUGUCAUUGAUGGAAACAUUGCCAGAGAAACAGCAUUUCAAAGUGUUUGCUGAUAGUUGGUUUUCGUCUAUACCAUUAGCAAUUGCCUUGAAAGAAAGGGGCAUUGAAUUGUGUGGCACUAUCAGGACAGACAGGAUGGGAAAAUGUCCCUUGAAAACUGAAGUGGAGCUCAAGAAAACUAGACGUGGCUCCUGUGACUGGAGAGUGGAAACAACAAACAACGUAUCUUUAGUACGCUGGUUUGACAGAAAAUGCAUACAUUUCGUGCCAACAUAUGCCUGUGUUGAGCCCAUGGCAACAUGUACACGCUAUUCUGCAUCUGAAAGGAAAUUCAUUGAUGUACCUAGACCUUACAUAGUGGAAAAGUACAACAAACAUAUGGGGGGCGUGGACCUUGCUGACAUGUUGAUAGAACUAUACCGUAUCAACCUGAGGUCACGGAAGUGGUAUAUGCGCAUUUUGUACUGGUGUUUGUCUCCACCGAUGUCAUAUGGUCCAACGUGGCAAAACCUCAGAGAUGUCACUCCUGCAGUUCCAAGCUAA